AUGCCUUGGCACGCACACAGCUGCCCAUUCUGUCACAAGCAGCACGCAAACAAAGAUGCCCUCCACACACACUUGGAGCAGUACGUCAGUGAAUGGCGUAUUCCUGCUGAUGGGGCUCACGAUGUCUUGGAGAUCCACAAGAUCCUUCACGCUGGUGACAGCAACCAUGGGAAGCAGUACAAAUGUCCUGAGUGCUUGAAGGUGAUUGACACCCAAAAGCACUUUAUUGCACAUGUCUACUACCGAAAGCACUAUGGGAAAUACCUCUAUGGCUUUGAGCAAGGCAUCAAAGGACGUUGCCAACAGGGCUCAUGGCCACUUCCCUUUGACGAAGAGGCAGCCUUGAUCCCACAGCGGAAGGGGGUGUUCAACUUCCUUGGUCUUCCCUAUGACCUGAGACACAUGAUAUACGAGUUUGCCUUGGUCUUUGGGGAAAUCGUGUUUCUGAGGAAUGGAGUCGGCGUGCCCGUCGAGCCAAAUCAACAGGGACUCUGGCUUCAGCAUAACCCAAAAAGCAACCCUCUCUCCCUCUUGAUCGUGAACCGUCAGAUCUACGACGAGGGGCGCCGUUUAUUCUACAGUCGCAACUCCUUCGUCUUCGAUUCUCCCGACAUCCCAGUGUUUCUCAUCGCUAUUAGCCGCUCAAAUGCAAUGCUCCUGCGCGAGGUGCGUUCGGAGGAUGAGUCGCUUCACCAGGACCGGACAGGUUUGAUUCGAGAUUUUUGGGUCUGGGAGAAGGAAGAUGGCUCGCAGACAGAUAUCUGGAGCGACGACGAGGCGUGUGGGAAACUCGUAGAGGCUCUCGAAUCCGACAGCUUCUGUUUUGCGAGGCAUCCACGCCGGCUUCUCCAUCUGAAUUCGGAUCGCUUGUCACCGAACGACAUUCGAAAGCGCUACAAUUUCAACGUUGUCUUGGGCAGACGUCGGUAUGAAAAUGGACGGGAAGCUGGGAUUGGAAAGGCGUCGUUUGAGCUGUAUGCAGGGCUGUAG